AUGUCUAAAGCGGGAAACCUGGCAGACUACUUCGUCGGAGGCGCCACAACGUCGCAGCAUGUGGUAGCCAAAGAUGACGACCAUUUCCACAAUACCACGUAUAAACUCAAGAGAACAAGAUCUGUGGGUAUACUGGACGACUACAUAGGCACGUCGCAGAAGCUUACAUCGGAGGACUUGGUGCCAGAUUGUGCUAUAGACAAGAUAAACAACGCAUCGUCCCACUUUUCUACAUCUCCAACAAAUUCUAUCAAAAAUGACCCGGCUCUGGCUUCGCCAGCGCCUUCAAACAACUCGAUAACAAGUGACAACAGUGUCAUGACCCAGUUCUCUUUGGCCAGCCAGGAAGGUCCUGAGCUGACCGAGGUGGAGGAUCCUUCAAUAUAUCACCAAACACAGCAACAACAAUCACAUCUGACUGCAUCCAACAAGAACCACAUACCUUCAGCCCAAAUUUCCAGUGAUGGCAGAAUAUUAUCGUUACAUGACGAUACCGAGAUGGUGUACGAGCCAACGAGGCAUGUAGAUUAUUUGUCUCACAACUGGAAGGAAUCAGAUAUCUCGAAGUCUUGGAGAUAUGUGAUUCUCAGAAGAAAGGAUGUGGCCAACUCUGCCAGAUUGGAGAACGCAUCCUGGAGAACGUGGGCCCAGGCCAGAAACAACCUCAAGACAUUCCCACCACAAGAGCUAAACUGGUCCAAGGAAAGCGAUGUCACUUGGCUUUAUGGACCACUGUACAAGGAGCAUCACGAAUCAGAUGCCCUUCUUGAGGGUGAAACAAGGGCUCCAAAGGAGCAAGCUCUGAAGCCAUUGCCGCCUAAGCAAGCGGUUACCAGUAUCACCUCUGAAGCAAGGAGCUCUUCUGGCUCGGCAUCCCCAAGCAUGGAUCCUCAUCUCAAGCCUAUUCUAAAGAAGAAGACGAAUGUCGAAAAGAUGAUAUCUGAGGCAUCGUAUGCCAGGCUCCAGACACUUUUUGACGAGCACGACACCAAAGGAAGAAGCAAGGGAAGUCCCAUUCUGGAAGCUGGUCAACCGAAGCAUGGAUUGGGGUCUCCUUCCAGCAGCGAGUAUUCGCCAAUAACCAAUGUUACUCCUAAAGAACAUUCAAGGUGUUCUUCUCCAUUCUCCCUCAGCAACGACCACCACAGUUCGAAGGAGGUGGUUGGGGAGUCGGCUAAGUCUGUUGUUAGCGAACAACUAAGCGAUUCUCGCCCAAGCAUCGAACAGAAGGAAAGACGCAUUCAUUUUAAUAUGCGUGUUGAUCAAUGCCAGGUGAAAGCGGGUUAUGGUGACCACGAUAUUGUCCAUAGCGACGACUACUACGACGAUGAUGAUGACGAAUAUUACGACGACGAUGAUGAUCAGGUUGAAGAUGAAUAUGAAGAUUCGGAUGAGGACGAUGGCAUGGAAAUUGCUGUUCUUCCACAAAUAAGGACCGAUGGUGUCCUGAGUCCCGCCCUGUCAAAUACUUCUUCUCACCAGGGUGUCAAGGUCUUCAAGACCAUCGAGUUACUGCCUUCCACGACGCUUAAAACCUGCUCUGAUGAUGAAGAUGAAGAGAAUGAAUAUGCGGUAUCUCAUAACACAAAUACCAACAGAGGGUAUGAGUUCUAUUACGACUACAACAGAGUCUACCCAACGAAUUCUUCUUCUGAUUCUCAGGCAGUGCAGAUUUGCGAUAUACCUGAUGACUGUCGCGUUGAGUCCAUACCAGAGGAACUGGAAAACUACGAUUACAUGAGUGCUCCAAUGAGUGGAAGCCAUAACUAUUACCCUACUGAUGCCACUACGACCCCUGCUUCUACUUCGGCUUCUUCAGCUUCCACUAUGAAGAGAUCAACUUCUGGUAAUCUAUCUGGAAGUAUGGGAAAUAUUGCUUCGCAAGUGCAGUUCCAAGCCUCGCAGAAUUUGGGUUCUUCUUCUGCCAAAGUUAACUCAAAGACUUUCAUGUUUGACGAAGACAACAGUGAUAGUGAUUCGGGGUCGAACGAUGAUAGUUAUGAUGAUAACGACUUCUUGAUCAAUGCACCACCAUUGUCAAGGACUACAAGCCAUACUGCAGACUUCAAGAUCUCUUCUUCGCCGGCAACUCCAGCGACAACCGUCAACAAGACAGUUUCUGGCUCGACUCCUUCCCAAAUAUCUCAUAGCGGUGGCAGCUACGCCUCGCUUAGUGAGAUCGCCUCGAAUGGCUAUAGGGUUCCAGCAAAGUCUGCCGCUGACAUGAAUGAACUUAACAAAGACUUUGAAAAUUUGCACCCAUCUCAGGAUCAAGAUGACACAAAUACAUCUCCUUCUCGCUUGAGUCAGUUCUUAGGCACAAAGAAGUCUUGGAGGUGA